CUGCAGGUGUGUGGUCACCUCCAGCAUGAGACCUCCCGGCACGAGACCUCCCAGCACGAGACCUCCCACAACGAGACCUCCCAGCACGAGACCUCCAACCACGAGACCUCCCAGCACGAGACCUCCCAGCACGUGACCUCCCAGCACGAGACCUCCCAGCACGUGACCUCCCGGCACGAAACCUCCCAGCACGAGACCUCUCAACACGUGGCCUCCCGGCACGUGGCCUCCCGGCACGAGACCUCCCGGCACGAGACCUCCCAGUACGAGACCUCCCAGUACGAGACCUCCCAGCACGAGACCUCCCAGCACGAGACCUCCCAGCACGAGACCUCCCAGCACGAGACCUCCCGGCACGAGACCUCCAGCGCCGAGACCUCCCAGCACGAGAACUCCCAGCACGAGACCUCCCAGCACGAGACCUCCAAGCACGAGACCUCCAACCACGAGACCUCCCGGCACGAGAAAAGAAACGGGAAUUCACAAUUCACUUUGCAAAUUACGCACAAACAGAGAUAG